AUGAUGCAAGAUUAUCCUAAAACAUUGCCUCCAUCAGCAAGAGUUGGAUUUACUGUAAAUCCAUGGCUUGCAUAUGCACCUGUGAAGAACAAUCCUGAUGAUGAUGCUGCAAAGGUGCCUAACACUUCUGGAGAAACAGCAGUUUACAGAUCUAAUAGCGUGAUUCUAAGAAAGGCGGGUGUUAAGAUAGAUGAUCCAGUUUUAAAAGUGUUUAAUGGCCAAGAGGUGGAGGUUUGGUUACGUGUUGUGUGGAAGCCAAAAUGGGCUGUUACAUUUUCUGAUGUUAAAAGGAAAGUCAAAGGAAACAACAACUCUGUUUCAUAA